AGUUGUCUAUAAAGUCCAUUUCUUGAAUAUUCAUCCUUGUGGACUCAAUAUUCAGAGUCAUUCUCCUUUGUUCAUCAACCAUGGAGAAUAUACAGCACAAGAAUCUGUCUGUAAACGGCAUAAAUAUGCACAUAGCUGAAACUGGUGAAGGUCCAUCAACAAUACUAUUCCUCCAUGGAUUCCCUGAACUUUGGUAUACAUGGCGCCACCAAAUGAUUUCUCUUUCAUCCAAGGGUUACCGUGCUAUUGCUCCUGAUCUUCGUGGCUAUGGUGACACGGAUGCCCCUCCUUCCCCUUCUAGUUAUACUGUUUUUCAUAUAGUUGGUGACCUUAUUGCCCUUCUUGAUGCUCUCGGUCUUGAUCAGGUGUUUCUUGUUGGACAUGAUUGGGGUGCUAUUAUAGCUUGGCAUGUAUGCCUUUUGCGACCUGACAGGAUCAAGGCACUGGUUAAUUUGAGUGUUGUCUUCCAACCCAGGAACCCCAAGAGAAAGCCUAUUGAAUCUAUGCGUGCUCUCCUCGGGGAUGAUUACUAUAUUUGCAGAUUUCAGGAAUAUGGAGAGGUAGAAGAGGAAUUUGCUCGUGUUGAUACCGCAAGACUAAUCGCGAAAUUUUUAACAUCACGCCGCCCAGCUCCUCUUCGUGUACCUAAAGAGAAAGGAUUUGGGGGUUCACCUCAUACUCCCAUUACAUUGCCGUCUUGGUUGUCGGAAGAGGAUCUCAACUACUAUUCCAACAAGUUCAGACAGACAGGUUUUACUGGUGGAUUAAACUACUAUCGAGCUAUGGACCUAAACUGGGAGCUGACCGCGCCAUGGACAGGGGUGCAAAUAAAGGUCCCGGUUAAGUUUAUCGUCGGGGAUCUCGACCUGACUUACAAUACACCUGGUGUUAAGGAAUAUAUCCACAAAGGCAGGUUCCAAAAAAUGGUGCCAUUCUUGCAAGAAGUAGUUAUCAUGGAAGAAGUUGCACACUUCAUCAACCAAGAAAAACCAGAAGAAAUUAAUGACCAUAUCUAUGACUUUUUCCAGAAGUUCUGAUAUGUCUCUAUUUUUAUCAUGGGUGUUUUGUUCCCUCAAAUAUUUUUUCAAGUCUUUUUUGUGUGUUUGGAAUAAAAGGCCACUUUUAUGCGUGAAGUGCACAAAUGUCAGCUAUUUAAUAUAGGGAAGUCUACAUGGCGUGGCAAACUACUACUACUAAUUAUGUUUAAUAGCUAUAGUUUGAAUUAAUUACUUUCUAUAGCUAAUAGUUGUAUGUUAAUGACAUUUAUUAGCUACUAAGGUAAAAUAAGUUGAACA